AUGUUGCCUGAUCCCAAGAAAAGGAAAAUAGGUUCUAAGACAUCUGAUUGUUUGUUUAUUGAUUAUGCCGAACAUAGUGCUGCAUAUAGAUUUCUUGUUCUUAAAAGUGAUGUACUUGCUAAUAACACUAUUAUUGAAACUAAAAAUGUUGAUUUUUUGGAAAAUGUUUUUCCUCUUAAAGUUGAAAGUGUUGUUGAUAAAACACCUUUAGAUAUUUCAAGUGAAAAUUCAAGUGAUGAGUUAAGAAGAAGUAAAAGACAAAGAAACGAGACAUCAUUCGGAAAUGAGACAAAAUCUACUAGUGGUUAUGUGUUUACACUCGGUGGAGGUGCAAUUGUAUGGAGAUCAGUCAAACAAUCCAUUAUUGCUAGAUCAACUAUGGAAUCAGAGUUCAUAGCUCUGGAAUCGGCUGGUAGUGAAGCUGAGUGGUUAAGAAACCUCUUAGCUAAUAUUCCUUUAGGAAUAAAACCAACUCCAUUAGUGUCGUUGCAUUGUGAUUGUCAAUCGAUAAUAGCCAUGGCAAAGAACAAGUCAUUCAAUGGUGUGGAUCCUCCUUUGAAGAAAUGCGAUGUAACUCAAACAUGUGUGGAUACAACUGAUGUUUUUGUAACUGGUCAAAAAUUUGCUACAAGAGAAGAGGCGAUAAGUUGGAUUAAGGACGUUGGAAUCAGGAAUAAAGUAACAGUUAUAAUAGCUCGUUCAGAUAUCAAAACAGGCAAGCGAGGAAGAAGUGAUAAAUUAAUAUUUGGUUGUGAUAGAGGUGGAAAAUACAAAAAAACAGAUAGCGAAACCCAAAGUGCUAGUAAGAGAUGUGGUUGUCCUUUCAAAAUUAGGUCAACACCGUCGAAAGAUGGUUCUGGAUGGAAGAUCGAUGUAAAAUGCGGAGUACACAACCACGACUUACCUGAUAGAUUUGAAGGUCAUGCUUUCGUAAGUCGACUAAAUACAGAUGAUAAGCAACAUAUUGUUGAUUUGACAAAACGCCAUGUUCCACCAAGACACAUAUUAUUGUCAUUGCAAGAGCGUGACCCGGAGAAUGUCACUCGGAUCACGCAAAUAUACAAACAUAAGAGUAAGAUACAAAAAGACAUAAGGGGUCCUAGAACAAAAAUGCAACAAUUGCUCAAGUUGGUUGAAGAAUCAGGUUAUGUUUACUGGAGUAGGAAAAAGGAUGAGUCAGAAGUUACAAACAAGUACAGGCAACCGUUGUUUGAAAUAGUUGGUAUGACAUCAACUAAAUUAACAUUUGCUGUUGCAUUUGCCUAUAUGGAAUCUGAGCAGACAGAGACUUUUUGUUGGGUAUUGGAUAAGUUGAAACAGUUGUUUAUCAAGCAGGAUAAUUGUCCUCAAGUAAUCUUGACUGAUAGAGAUCUUGCUUUAAUGAAAGCCAUUGAAACAAUAUUCCCAAAGACAGCUAAUUUGCUUUGCCGAUUUCACAUCAACAAAAACGUGAAAUCAAGGUGUAAGGAACAUGUUGUGGAUGAUAUGCGAGAAACGGUGGAGAAAAUGUGGUUUGAACUGAUAAAGGCUAGUGAUGAGAUGGAGUACCAUCAACGGUUGAAACAACUUGAGGAUGCAUGUGUUGACUCCAAAGGUUUUAUUGAUUAUGUGAAUGACACGUGGUUGACACCGCACAGACAUCGAUUUGUCGAAGCAUGGAUCAAUCAAGUGUUACAUUUGGGCAACACAACAACAAAUAGGGUGGAGUCUGCGCAUUGGAAGUUUCAUUUCAGUAGAGUUUCAUUUCAGAAGAGUUUUUAUGAAGUUGAGCAUGCACAUACUAGUCCUUUUUAUUCAAAUUUGCGUGGUUCAGUAUCAAGAGCUGCAUUGAGGCAGAUUGCUGAAGAGUGGUUGAGGAUUGACAUGGUGGGUACCGAUACGCCAAAGUGCGGAUGUACUCAUAGAAAAGUAUAUGGGUUACCAUGUGCUUGUGAGUUAGGGAGAUAUACAUUGAGUGGUGAUGCGAUACCAAUUGAGGCUAUUCAUAUUCAUUGGAGGAAACUAAGUAUGGAAGGAAAUCAAGAUAUAGAUGCAGAUGAUGGAUCAGAAAUAGACAUGACAAAUGCAAUCGAUGAAAUUUGGAAAAUGUGGAGGUCAUUAGAUGUUGUCGGAAAAAGAGCAUUAAAAAGCAGAGUGUGUGAGAUUGCUUAUCCAACUACAACAAAGAUGUGUCCACCGCCUGAAAAAAUUAAAACCAAAGGAGGGGUUAAGAAAAAAGGGAAGAGACCUGUGGGAUAUGAUGUUUAUCGUGAUCCUUCAGGAUAUGAGUAUGUUGAUCAAUCACAUUUGAGUUCUCAAAAAUCUUCAAAGAGGUUAUAUUCACAACUAUCCCAAACCUCAAAAAAUAGAGAAUUUGAUAAAUACAUUGUACAAUUUCCAGAUUACAUCAGACCAUUUAUUGAUGACAUUGUUGAUGUAAGAGAUGAUGGAAAUUGUGGUUUUAGAGCCAUUGCAUCUUUGCAUGGUUAUGGCACAGAUGGAUGGUCAAUGGUUCGUCGGGAUUUGGAGAAAGAGGUUAUAGGUCCUAGAAGCAAGUUGUAUGAGGAUUUAUUUGGUCAACGCCUUCCAACAGUGAGAUCAUCGUUGGUGAUAGAAACUUUAGGUCAACAACCACCAAAUAAAUGGAUGACGUUACCUGAGUUGGGCUAUGUAAUAGCUAAUCGGUAUAAUGUUGUUCUCGUCUCUUUAGGUCACCUUAGUUUGAGUUACUUUCCUAUGACGAGUGCACAUUCACCUAAUGCAUCCAUUUACUGUAUCGGCUUUGUCAAUGGAAAUCAUUGGGUUCAGGUAAACAUGAAUGAAGGAUUCCCGUUGCCACCUGUCACAACUGAUUGGACGAAAUAUCGCACAAAAGAUGCAACUUCUUGGAUGGUAGGAUUUGCCGGGCGGUUACAACAUUGGCAACGGCUAAUGCCUAUACUACCAAAACAUGUCAACUUAGAUUGA